AUGAAGGCCAUCAGCGCACUCCUUGCCACUGCCCUCCUCUUCUCUCUAGGGAACAGCUUGGCUGUGCCCGUGGAGAACGGAGUCGACGUCCGGGACGUCGAAGAAUUUGAUGUCCGGGGUCUCGAAGACGCGCUCGACGUCCGGGACCUCGAGGACGCGCUGGAGAUCCGCGACGACGCCCUGCUCAGCGACCGGGCGGUCAAGCCCAAGUUCACGUUCACCAACUUCCCGCGGACGGCGACGUGCGCGCGGCAGACGUACACGGCGGGCAACGUGCGCGACGCCGGCGACCAGGCGGGCAAGCUGCAGACGCGGCGGAAGCAGGUGGGCAAGAACAAGUACCCGCACGUGUUCAACAACCGCGGCAACGAGAUCAAGAACUUCGACCGCAAGUGCCGCGGCCCGCUGUACGAGUUCCCCAUCCUGCAGAACAAGAAGGUCUACCUCGGCACCAACCCCGACGACCCGGGCCCGGACCGCGUCGUGGUCAACGUCUCGGCCAUGAACAAGAAGACCGGGAAGGUCACCGUCACCUUCUGCGGCCUCAUGACCCACACCGGCGCCAAGAACCGGAGCUCCUUCACCACCUGCAGCUGGAAGUGA